AUGGCGUCGAAAAUACAUUUUAGUGGUCCUUGCAGCGCCAAAAUUCUCAUCCAGCUUAAAGGGAAAAUAGUUGCACCUUCUAAAGCAGCAUGGAGAGGUGGAUCAGAAUGGAUUAACGUUGAAUAUGUAAAUGGACUCACAAUUGAUGGCAAUGGUGAAGGAAGUGUCCUUGGAGAUGGUCCUACUUGGUGGCAAUGCCCCCGUUGUAGUCGACCCACGUAUGUAUCAUGUGACAUAAUUUUUUUGAUGGUACAGAUGUUGCAUUUUCAUUCUUGUAAUGAUCUCAAUGUUCGAAAUUUGAGGAUCUUAAAUAGCCCAAGAUCUCAUGUUUCUGUUAAUAUGUGCAAUCAUGCAACAUUUUCCUAUAUAUCCAUUAGUUCUCCUGCUACUAGCCCCAACACUGAUGGGUUUGAUAUAUCUCAUUCCAAUAAUAUCUUGAUACAAGAUUCCAACAUAAAAUCUGGUGACGAUUGUAUUGCAGUAAAUGGUGGCUCCACUUUUAUCAAUGCUACUCGGGUUACUUGUGGACCAGGCCAUGGGAUAAGUGUUGGUAGCCUUGGUGGAAAUGGAGCAAAUGAUCAAGUUUCCGAUGUUCAUGUAAGAAAUUGCACCUUUAUAGGGACUCAAAAUGGAGCAAGAAUCAAAACUGUUCCGGGUGGAUCAGGUUAUGCUAGAAAAAUAACAUUUGAGCAUAUUGUGCUUGUCAAUGUUAUGAACCCGAUAAUAAUAGAUCAGGCUUACACUCUUAGUACACUGGAUACAGCUGUGUCGGUGAGAGAUGUGACAUAUCGAGGAUUUACCGGAACUUCUUAUAGUGAUAUAGCAAUUGAUUUAAAGUGUAGUUCUUCUGGUUGUUUUAAGAUUCUAUUAGAUCAAAAUAACAUUGUAUCUGCUCAACCAGGAAAGAAGACUUCCUCUUUUUGUAGAAAUGCUCAUGGAAUAGUUAGAAAUACUAUUCCAAUUGUCCCUUGCCUAUCUAAUUAA